CCAAUUGUUAAAUGGAAGCAAAAUUUCUUCUUAAUAUAAUGAUUCAAAAUACCAUUCUAAGGUAAUCAAUUACUGGACAGACUGAAAAGUACAAUUGAGGCUCUUCUGUGGUACUUCAUUUAAACAAGGAAUAUACAUCAGCUACUUGAGUCAUUUCAUAUAAAUUGCUAGCAAGUUGUGUAUUGGGCCUUAGUCUACGCACUGCUAACAAAGUCUACAGACAAAACGAAGAAAACCUGUGACUCACAUCGUAAAUUUUGACUCAUCGGAUUGAAAAUAGUUUGUUGGAGUGACACUGAAAGCAGGAAAACACUGUGAGUCAGGCGAUACUGAAAUAAUAAGACAAAAUUUUGAAGAUUUAAACCAGAAAAGGUGGCGGCGAAAUUUAAACACAGGACAAUGGAGACGACUAUGUACAACGAUGACGGGGCGGGAAGGGAAAAUAACACGUUCGGAAGUAAACUUAACAGCAUGAAGAGGGCAAUGACUUUGGACUUUAACUCAGGAAACGGAAUUUCCAGUGCUAAGAGACAAAAAAUUCAAACAGCUCUGUUACAAUCGCCGGAUUUGAACAUGUUAAAGUUAGCUUCCCCAGAGCUUGAGAAAAUGAUCAUUCAAGCAAACGGAAUGGUGACAACAACACCUACACCGACACAAAUUUUAUUUCCUAAGUUUGUGACGGAUGAGCAGGAGGCAUAUGCACAAGGUUUCGUGGCAGCUUUAGCAGAACUACAUUCUAAACCUGAAGAAGAAUGUGUUGACAUCCCGAACAGUUCAUCUAUAAGUAUCAAUGAUGCAUUAAAAAACAUUUUUACAACAACUACAUCACUUCCCGGAGGAAUUGUGCCAAGUAGUUCUCUACCAUCAAAAUCAUUACUAAACCCAGGGACAUAUCCAAUGGUGACAGUUAAAGAGGAACCUCAAACUGUUCCUUGUGGACUUAAUUCACCUCCGCCAUCUCCAAUAGAUAUGGCUAAUCAGGAAGUGAUCAAACUAGAACGCAAGAGGGCUCGCAACCGAGUGGCAGCUAGGAAGUGUCGCACUAGAAAACUUGAAAGAAUUGCGCGACUGGAAGACAAAGUCGCUGACCUUAAAGGACAAAAUAAUGACUUGUCAUCGCAAGCUUCAAAACUUAGAGAUGAAGUGUGUAAAUUAAAACAAACAAUUAUUGAACAUGUGAACAGUGGUUGCCAAAUUAUGAUGUCACAAAAUAUCAACUUUUAAUUUAAGCGCAAUAAUUGUUUUUAGGAUUUUUAAUAAAUUGGAAUUGUAAACUAAACGGGUGACGGACAAAUAUUUGUGUCAGUAUGUGAUAUUUGAAUGGCAUAGCCAAGCCCUGAGCUAGCAUAAUAAAUUAGUAAAACAAUAGUUUUCAGUUGAUAUUGUAAAAUAUGUUUUUGUAUCUUCUAAAAGCUACUUUCAAUUUGCUUAAUAACUGAGUAACAAUCUUAAAAGGAAUAUUGUAAAAUUCUAUUUUGUAAGGAACUUGUUUAAUUCUUUUAUUUUUGGUUAAAGCGAUAUUAUGAUAAUUCAUUAUUUGUGCUUGAAAAUGCUUGAAACAAAGUACAUAGUUCAUGUUUGUUUUGGACUGUACUGCAAUGUAUUAUGGGUAUUUUAUGUUUCAAAUCAUUCAGUUAGAACUGAAUUGUUUUAGAUCUGAAAGAAUGUAUCGAUGAGUGUGCCUGUCAUUUUAUUCAUUUAAUUCAUUUCACUGGACCAAUUAUCGUUCAUCACAAAUUCAUUAUUUUGCCAUAAUUUUACCAUGUACAAAUGUUAAUGGUGCUGCUAUUUAAAUGUGGAUUAUCUUGUUAAUAUUUUUUAUGCUUCAUUAUUAAAUGUUUUUUCAUAUUUUGUUAAAGACUUUGAAAUAUUAAAAUUUAGAAAACCUU